CCAACGACCAAGUUCGACCUACCGAUACCGCCAAGAUGUCUGACAAGAACACGAGCACCCUCCAGUCCUACGUCGAUCAGGCCUCUGGCGCGAUGCAAUCUGCUCUUGGCUCCAUCACCGGCAACAACGCCGACAAGUCUCAAGGUGAGAACCGCAAGGCCGCCGCCGACGCCAAGGACGACCUGUCGCACACCGGCGGCACCCUAGGCGGCUUGUCCUUCUCCAGCACUGGCGUGGCGGCAAACGACCCCAACCGCACUACUGGCUCCUACAACCAGACCAUGGGCUCCGCCAAGGAAGCCAUCGGCAGUCUCACCGGCAUGGAGAGCAUGAGGUCCGCAGGCGAGCGUCAGAACCAGGAGGGCAAAGGGCAGGAGGCUCAGGGCCAGCUCUCCGACCUCGGUGGUGGCAUGGCGGACCGUGCGAAAGGCGCUGUCGGUGGCGCUUUCCACAGCUUGACCGGUGAUGAGGAGGGCAAGGCGCGUGCGGAGCGUCAGCACGACCAGGGCAAGACGUUGCAGCGCGGAGUCGAGAGCGAGCUCGACAAGAAGGCUGAUGCUCAGAGGUACUAAGCGAUUCCUUGCGGCCGAGGUGCGGGCAUUAUGCUUAGCAUGAGUGAGGAGUUGACGGCCAAAGGGGUUGCGAACAGCAUUAUGAUACCCCAGCGUGAGAUGGUUAGGGCCUAGUGCCCAGCUCAGCCAAAAUGAAGCAUCCAGCCAGCCUGGCUUUUACAAUUCAAGUGUAGUGUUCAUCGAUCAGAACGUCGCUCAGAUUCCGCAGUAGAACGUUCAUGGCAUGUAUCGAUCGUGUAAUGUGCGCUGUCCAACUUGCCAGCUAGCCCUUCCCAUAU